UAUUAUUUUGGAGUAUUGUUCAUAUGGGACAGAAGGUAACUUCUCAUAUGACAAUUUGUGCCACAUUUAAAAGAUUUUAUGCAGCAGAUGUACAUGAGCUGGCAGAACCCCUCUCCCCACCAUAUGAUGAGGCAAGGACAGAAGAUGUACAUGAGUUGGCAGAACCUCUCUCCCCACUAUCUAGGGAUGAGUUCUGGCUGGUACCGCGGCGGGCAGUGAUUGAUCCUUGUUUUUGUGAUUACAACUCGUUCUCGGACUUCGCCGAAGAUCCAUUCUUUCGGGAGCCUGCUAUGGGUGCAGAUGUAGUAGUAGACUUAGGCGAUGUGCGUGUUUACAGGCUCGCUUCGUGUAUGUACAUGCCUGAGAACAGAAGUGUCAGGAUGUGCGGCCUCCACUUCCUGUCAUGUGACCGUCAGGAGGUGAUGGAUUACUUUCACACGUGCCAUACACUAGCCCUGAGCAGCGCGCACCCUGACACUGACGAUCCGGACUUCAUAAAGGAUUGGCUUCAACGAGAGGACCAGGAUGAAAUUGCAAAGAGUCGGGCAGAAACAGCGGACAUGUCAGAACGGAUGGUAUGGACCACCAACAGGUUGCGGUUCUGCGCCGGUCAAACUGUAGUGUACGUACCAGCGGACGACAGUCCCACCGAAAUGCGGAGUGUGCCCACAGAUGGCACUCCGGUCAAGUUCUACCCAUCGACCAUGUAUUCGACGAAAGAAACAGCCAGAGUGCAGCUAAAAUUCUGAGACAAUGGUAGUGAGAAGAAUUACUCUGGUAAUGAUAAUGUGAAUAUAUUUGCCAGGACCACGCUGUAGUAAUGUUAAUGUUCCCAGUUAUUCAUUUAUGUCCGACUGAUCUAUCUAACUUCCGUUGUUUCUAUAUUUGUAUUGUCUGACCUGCAAAUAGAACAAUAAAAUUAUGAAUAGUGUACCUAUUUCAAUCUAAAGUAU